AUGUUCCGAGACAGGCUAACCCACCGUCUGCGCCAGAUGAUGUUCGUCUCUGGAGAAACUGCCGAGCCAUCCGUUGAUACCACGACCCUGAUCGAGGAGAUUGUCCGUCAGCAAGUGGUCGAAAUCCUCGCGCGAAGCACCACGCUGGCGACCCGGCGCGGCGUGCGCUCCAUCUCCACCGACGACCUGAUCUUUCUGAUCCGCCACGACAAGGCCAAGGUGUCCCGACUCAAGACCUUCCUGUCGUGGAAGGACGUGCGCAAGAACGUCAAAGACUCCGACGACAAGGGCGGCGCGGAUGCAGCCGACUUUGCCGCCGCGGACGAUCCCAUGGCCGGCGGCGUCGCGGCGGGGCCGCAGGACGUGGCGUCCAAGCCCAAGAACAAGCGCGCGCGCGUCGGGCUGGCGUGGGACGUGAACAGCUUUUACUCGGUGCAGGUGCCCGAGCGCGACGACGAGGAAGACGAGGAGGAGGAGGAGCAGAACUACGCGACGCUGCAGCGCCUGGCGGCGGCGGACGAGCGCACCAAGCACAUGACCAAGGAGGAGUACGUGUUCUGGUCGGAGUGUCGGCAGGCGUCGUUCACGUACCGCAAGAGCAAGCGAUUCCGCGAGUGGGCGGGGUUCGGCAUCGUGACGGAGUCGAAGCCGAACGACGACAUCGUCGACAUCCUGGGAUUCCUGACGUUCGAGAUCGUGCAGACCCUGACGGAGGAGGCGCUCAAGGUCAAGGAGCGCGAGGACCGCGAGAAGAACCGGCGCGGCGGCGAGAACGGCGAGAGCAUGAAGAAGCGCAAGCGCGAGACGGGGCUGUUCGACCCGCCCGAGGAGGGCCGCACGCCGGUCGAGCCGCGGCAUAUUCGGGAGGCGUAUCGCAAGCUGCAGGCGACGCCGAACAAGAACAUCGCGAUGCUGCUGCACAAUGGGCGGCUGCCUGCGCGGAUGCCUUUACGACUGGUGAGUUUUGAUGUGUUCUAUCUGUUGUGUUGA